AGUGCAAUGAAAAGUGGCACGAAUGUAAUGACUUAAUUUAAGCAACAAAUUAUUGGAGGCAUGUUUUGUGAAUUUCAUAAAUCUCUCGUUUCGUUUUGGUUUUUUUCUUCUCUACCACAAAAAAGGGCGCGUGAGUGAGAUGACAGUAUUGCGGUGCCAAGCAACUACAGCUAGCUAUCCCGUUUACUCGCACGCGACUCACACGUCGCAGACUCAAAGUCUGCUCGCUCUCAAAUGUUUGACAUUUUUCACAUUCAGCAUUUUCCCUUUGUUCGUCGGCGGGUCUCGUCAUAUGGCUCGUAUAGACGCUCGUGCGUGCGUAACAAAUAAAAUUGAAAAAAAAAGAAACGCAAAUAAUCGGUGUUUUAAAUUUACAAAAAUAGCGCACAAGUGUAAAUAAACAACUGUUAAAUGCGCAUGCAGUGCACAAGUGUAUUAAAUUCAUUGAGAAAUAUGCGUAAAAAGCGUUAUUUCGUGAUUACUACGGCAACAACGACGACAUCAAAACCAACAACAACUAAGUGCUGCUGCGUUCAUUGACGUGACGCGCGAGUGUGAGUGUGUAUCUGUGUGUGUGUGUGUUUGUGUGUGUGUUUAUGUGUGCUGUUGAGUGUGUGUGUUGCGAGUUGUUUUCAAAUAAAUAAAAUACAAAUCUAAAGUCCGCAGCAGCAGCAGCCACAACAAACAAAACAACACAUACAAAAUUGCAGUAGUUAAAGCCGCUGCAGCAGCAGCGUCUAACUGCAUAUAAUAGUACAUACAUCAAUUAAACAACGAAAUAUUUACAUCACUUCAGGCCGCGUGUCUCGUUGCGCGCAAAUUCUAUGUGAAAAGAAAGUGCGGUCAACAGUCAUCAUAAAUCGCUUAAGUAAAAUGUGUAUUUGUCCAUGUGUGUGUGUGUUAUCCGUGUAUAGAAUUGAAUAAGCAGGAGCAAAGGAAGUUAAAAGCAAUAGUCAAGCAACAACAAAAAUAAGAAUAAUAAUAAUAAUAAGAAGAAGAAGAAGACGGCAACUAGCAGCAACACAAAUGAAGCAAUCAAAUUUUGUUCAAUUUUAAACCGCAAAUAUCUGUAUCCCCAAGCAUUAAACAAGGAGCAUAAAUUUUUGCCAAUGAGUCGCAGACAGUCAUUGGAUCGACCAGGUAAAUAAAAACUACGGACAGCACGUUAUUGUUUUUGAAUACUCUAUGAGGCAAUGUCAUUUAACUUAUGCAAUUUAUCGGCAAGAAUAUUGUCUCCUCCGGGUCCGUUUCUGACGCCCAGUCCAUCACCAUCGAUCUCAGCUAGUCCACGCCUGCAACCAUCACCAUCGCUGUCGCCAUUCCCACAGGAUGUGGUGCUUGUAGCCGGUGGCAACGCAUUAAACGCCAACAGCAAUUCCCAGGAACACGAGCGCAAGGCGGCGACGCCUGGCAGGCGACAAUCCAUACAUCAGUUCACAAAUGGCAGUCCCAAUGCCGGCACCGUUGUCUUUCAACCGAGUCCCUCACAGUCACCGGCCGCUGCCACGACGGUCAUUGGCGUGACAGCUGGCGGUCUUAUAGCCGCCGCUGCUGCCGCCGCCGGUGGACACAGCAAUGCAAUUGGGAAUGAGCUAAAUGCCACCCUUGUCGGUUCCAAUAAUAUACAACUGAAUAAGAAGGGCAACAAGCGAACUGGGCAGCAGCAGCAGCAGCAGCAACAACAGCUACAGCAGCAGCAACAACAACAGCUACAGCAGCAGCAGCAACAACUACAGCAGCAGCAACAGCAACUGCAACAUCAGCAGCAGCAAUUGCAUCAGCAAAUCUUUAGCAGCAACGCAGCGGCUCCCACAUCGAUCUGCUCGACAAUAGCCGGCGGCUAUGGGCAACCAAACGCAACGGCAAUCAGCACGCCCAUUUCGUUUGCGACAGCAAAUGUGGCUAGUAGCCCAAAAGGUCAAGCGAAAAAGGGUGUCACUACGGUGCUGAGCCAACAGCAGCAGCAGCAACAACAUCAGCAGGCGCAGUUUCAGCAUUAUCAGAGCAGUAGUCCUCUAAUAGCGGAUAGUCCUAUACCCAGUCCGAGUAACGCGAUUGCUGCAGCGGCGAUAAAGCCACCAACGCCACAACCACAGCCGCAGGCCGUACAGAUGUUGCCGCAACAAUUUACAAUCACAAGCGGGCCGCAACAGCAGCAGGCUCCGCAGCAAGUGUUUCAGUUUAUUCAGGGGCCGCAGGGUCAGAUUAUUGCCACUACGCAGCAGCAGCCAACGUUGCAGCAGCAACAGCAGCAGCAUCUGCAACAGCAGCAGCAACAUCAUCAACAGCAGCAACAGCAACAACAGCAGCAGCAGCAGCAACGUUUUAGCAGCAAUGCAGGCAUUGCGUUGUCCACUGCCAACACGAAGGCAAGCAAGGCGCCACAACAGAUUCUGCCGAAGCCGCAGCAGGAACUGUCAUCUCAGACGCUGCAGCAGCAGCAGCAAUCGAAGAGCAAAAACAUUAGCAACAAUAAUGUCCAGCUGCCGCAGAUCUCGCAAUCCCCACAGCCUCAACAGGCACAUCUCAGUGCAGCUCCCACCAAUGCCAACAACCAGCAACAUCAGCAGCAGCCGCAGCAACAACAGCAGAUAUUGUUGCCGGCAACAACAGCACAGCCGCAGCAAUUGCUGCUUAAUCAGAUGCCCGUGCUGGUCCAACAGAAUCCCCAAGGUGUGCAGCUGAUAUUGCGACCACCGACGCCACAGUUGACGGCGACACCUUCGCUGGUUAUACAAAAUUCUCGAGGGCAGCCGCAACUACAGCAGCCGGCACAGCAACAGUUGCUGCGGAUUGUUGGUACAAAUGGGGCGACAAUGCAACUGGCUGCAGCCACACCCACCUUCAUAGUAUCCUCGCAGGGCAACCUCAUCCAGCAGACAGCUGCCGGCGGUCAGUUCGCAAGCGCCAUCAAGACCGGAACGCAGCUAAGCGGUCUCCAUGCGGCGUUGGCCGCUCAAGCGCCAAGAUCUCAGCCGUUUACGACAACGGCAACCAUCAACACUCAAUUGCUGGGCCAGAGUGUUGCAGCACAGUUGCAGAAUCUGCAGUUGGCCGCUGCGGCGGCUGCCAAUGGCAAUGGCAUUGCCCAGAUCCAGAUGCCCAAUGGGCUGGCGGCCAUUUCGCAGCUGCAACAGACGCUGGGCGGGGCCACCAUCAAUCUGAAUCAGUUGAAUGGCGCACAUCUGCAACAGAUUGCAACCGCCUUUCAGACGCCGCAGCCUCCGCCGCAGUCAACAGCAGCAGCAACAGGAGCGACAACCGCAACGAAUGGCAAUGGCAACAGCUCCACAGAACUCUUUGCUCAAUCCUCGCCAGCGCAUUUGCCGUUGGCGGUGACUCCAGAGCCACUGCGUCAGCCGACGGCGCAGCAACAGGCGGCAAUGGCGACCAUUCAGUUGCAGCAUCAGCAGCAACAGCAGAAACAGGCGCAAAUACAGCUGCUUACGCAACAGUUGCAUCAGUCCCAGACGCAGGUGCAUCAGGCGCAACAGCUGCAACAACAACACCAACAGACCGUCGAGCCGAAGAAGAAACCGCGUCCUCGCAAAAAGAAACCGCCAGCUGCAGCGCCAGCGCCAGCACCAUUGCCAUCGCCAACAGCAACAGCAACAACACCGCAAAAGGUUGCAAUACCUGCCACGCCCACAACGACGUCAGUCCCAACGCUAACACGAACACCCACACCACAGUCCCAUGUGGUCACCCAGGCGCAGGUGGUGCGAGCGAAGUCGCCAUCGCCACCACCGACGCAUAUACAACGCGCCAGCAAUGGCAAACUUGAUCUCGGCGAUGUGAUGAAGUUCUGCGGCAUCACCGAGGACGAUGACGACGAUGAAGACUAUGGCAUGGAUGCAGUCUCAGCAUCUGUUUCAACAGCAGUUCCUGCUGCCAGCAAUGGCAACAACAACAAUGAGGAAUCAUUGGUGCAGUCUCAGCAACAGCAACAGCAACAACAGCCGUUGCCGUUGAGCAAUGGAUUAACAGGUGCAAGCAGCGGAAGUUCCAAUGAUAUCAUGAUCUCCAUACCGAGCCAAAACGGCAGCGAUGGCCUGCCCUUUACGCUGACCAUUCCGGCCCCUCUGCCGGUAAACGAAGCCACCGAAAUACCAAAUAUCCUCAUCAAGAUUGAUCCAAGUGACGCGGCAGCAGCAGCAGCAGCAGUUGGUGUUGCAACUGGAGCAACUGUACCACCGUAUACGCCAUCAACGCCACGCCUGCCCACCGCCGAGGAGAUUCAGAGGCAGGCACAACAGCAUCUGGCCCAGCAGGCGGCAGCUGCAGCAGCAGCGGCAGCAGCAGGUACCAAGAUUUGUACAAGCAUCCAGGCAACGACGCCGGCGCCAACGAUUAGCUUCAGUCUGGGAUCGCAAUCCCAAACGAUUGGCAGUGUUACGUUGCAGCCGACACCAAUUGCUGCUAGCAUUACGCUGACAACGCCCACGGUGGCAACGACAACCACCGCCUGCACCACCACAGGCACAAGCAGCACCAGCACAAUAGCAGCAACCACAGCGGCGGUGAAACCGCGACGUAAACCCGCUGUGCGACGCAAUACGAAGAAGCAAGAGUCCAUCAACAACAUGACCAAUGGCAACGGCAACAGCAAUAUCGUGAGCAACAUUAGCAGCAGCAGCAACUGCAACAACACUCUUAACAGCAGCAACAUCAUCAUCAGCAGCAGCAACAUUUGUAGCAUCAACACAAGCCCCACGACAACCAUUAGCAACAGUGGCUGCAUCAGCAGCAGCAUUAGCAUCGGCAACGGCACUGUCAACACCAUAACAUUGACAACACCUGUGAGCAGCAGCAGUUGCAGCAGUAGCAACAGCAGCAGCAUAUUGCUUCCACACGGUCUGGGAUUGGCCAACAACAACACGCCCACAACGGUACCAAGUCAGAUUGGGAACAUACAAAUAUCGCAGGUGCAAAAUCAUCAUCCAUCAACGUUGCCCAUCAGCAGCACCGUUGAGAAUAAGAUACAGAUAAUGCCCAUUCUACCCCCGGGUGCCACAGUUAUGGGUGGCGUGCCAGGGUCAGCAGCAGCAGCAACAGCAUCAGGAGCAACAACAACAGUUGCUGCACCACAGCAGCAGACGCAGCUGUUGUUUCAACAAACGCCAGCAACAACAACUCCCGGCCCUGCGGAAUCAGCCACCAUCAAGUUGUCCAGCGAUGGGCGCCAGAUGCAAUUGGUGGCCAUAUCACAAGCAUCGACACCGGUGAACACAGCAGCAACAUUGCCAGCGGUGACAACAGCUGGUGGCGCCACCAUACUGCCACCACAGCUAACGGGCAUGCCCAGCAAUGUCUCAAUUUCGGUGGGCUCACCCGCCUCUGCGGCGGCGUUGGUGCCGCAGCUCACGGGCAGCUUGACGUUGGCCGUGUCGGAGCUUUGCGAGCGUUUGAUAUUACGUCAUGAUCCUAACAGUCCCCAGGAUCAUCAGUCGCAGCUCAUAUUGCAGGCAUUGCUAAAGGGUGCAUUGCCCAAUGUGACCAUCAUCAAUGAGCCCACACGCGUGGACAACAACAAGACGGCAGCACCAACACCAACACCACCGCCAACAACAGCACUGCAACCGCAGCAACAGCCACUUCUGCAGCAAGCACAGCCAACGCCAAUAACAACAGCAUCAGCAACCGUGCAGCAGCUGCCCAAGGUGCUGCCAACAGCACCCAAAAUUGAAGCCAAAGUUGCCAAUAACAGAAAGCUAUCAACACCAGUCGUGCCCGCCAACAAUCUGUUAAGCAGCAGCAACAGCAUUAGCACCAGCAGCACCACCAACACAACCACCAACUCUAUAAAACCACCGACAAUGUCCGCUAAAAUCAAUGAUGCGUUAAGCUUUCCACAAUUGUCAACGACGACAACGACAACAACGUCCAUAGCAACGCCUCAGCUGAUUGUGCAGCAGCAACAACCACAACAGCAGCCCCAGCAACAACAGCCCCAGCAACAACCACAACCACAACAGCAGCAACCACUGCAGCAACGUUAUGUAGCAUUGCCACCGAUUGAUCCCAGCACACAGCAAUUGUUUUGCCUGAACAGUGUGUCCAAUCAGAUAACAGCAAUAAGUGCUGGACAAACAGCAGCAUCGAUAGGACCAGCGGAACGAUUGCUGAUUGCUCCUGCGGGAAUUAAUGCCCAGCAAUUGGCUCAAUGUUUGCAGCUGGGACAGUUGCAUUUCAACGAUGUAAAUCCGUUGCCACAGCCACAGCUGCAACUGCAGCAGCAACAACAACAGCAGCAGCCACAGACGAUGACAGCAACUUUGCCCAUUCCUUUGCGUCCACAACCGCCGCAACAACAAAUUGUGCAUCCGAUACAGCCCAUCAGUAAUGGACAUGGCCUUGGAUUAGGUCUGCCCAUCAGCACAACGACCACUACGACAUUAACCACCAGCAGCAGCACGACGACAAGCACCACAACGGUAACCAAGCAGGUAGCCAAUGUGGCGCCAAUCAUUGAUCAGAGCAAGGCCAAGUUGGAGCCCGCUAAAGCGGCAACAGGAGCUGGGGCAGCAACAGCAUCUAGCACUGGAGCGGUGGCCAAGAAGAAGCCCGUGCGAAAGCCGAAAACGACGCCAACAGCUGCCGAGUUGGCCAACUUGAAGAAUGCUAGCGUAGUGAAGCCAAUGCCCAAAUUGGAUCCUCUAUCGCAGAAGCCCAACAAUAAUCCUGUGCAGAUUGUGCAACCGAAUGUGGCAAGUGGCAAGCAAAUGAUUGUUGUGGUUAGCUCAAGUGGAAGCCAGACAACAACCACCACAACAACAACCAUAAUGAGCAACAGCAUUCAGCCCUUCCAAACGACAAGUGGCACUAAGUUGGUGGGCGUCACAGCGCCAAUGCAACAACAACAGCAGCAGCAGCAGCAACAACAACAAUUGCAGCAGCAGCCAACGGCAACGAUAGCAGCAGCUGUGCAGUCACAACAGCAGCAGCAACAACAACAACGUGGCAGCUUCAGCUUAACGGCAACAACAACUACAACAAGUUCUGUGGUCAGCAGUGGAGCAGUUGCAACGUCAGCACCUGUUGUCAACCAACUGCAAAUAGCAGCACAAAUGCCGCAACAACAACAGCAACAACAACAACAGCAGCAACAACCGCAACCAAAGCAACAACAACAACAAUCAGUGCCGCAGCAACAACCUCAACAGAAUACCAUUUCAAGGGUGCAAACUAUUCAAUUGACACCGCACAUGCAACAGGUGUUCAGGACAGUGCAAAUGCAGAUACAGUUCCUCACAAUCAAGCUACAAAACAAAUCCUUUGUUCCCACGUUGCCAAUCUCGCCGGACAUUGAUCCGGCGGCAAUUGCCCUGUACAACAAGCCCAUGAAUGAUGCGGAGAUCAAUGUGGCAUUGCAACGUUUAUUUGCUGAACAACAUCGUAUAUUGGCCUCGGGUAAGGAGGUGCCCACGCCGGAGGGCAUGGUUCCUACGCCCAAUGCCAAUGGCAGCUUUAGUUUAAUGCCACAGCAAUUCCAGCAUGUGCAGCAACAACAGCAGCAGCAACAGUCGCAGACGCAGACGCAACCGUCGGUGGAUUCAGUGAAAGCAACAGCUGCUGGUGUGAUACUCGCGAAUGUGGUGCAACCAAAUAAUCAUUCAACCACCAACACGGCAACAGCUAUUACUGCACAGCAGCAACAACAGCCGCAGCAACAACAACCGCAGCAACAGCAUCAACUGAAUGUUGCCCAACGCAUUCACAUAUAUCCCAUGCAGCAUCAGCAACAGCAGCAACUGGCAAAUAAACAAAAGUUGGCGCAGCAGAAGCAGCAACAACAACAGCAGCAGCAGCAAGCCGCAACUAUCUGCAACUUGCCUCAGCAACAACAGCAGCAAACAGCGCAGCUAAAGCUCAAGGAAUCGCCCUGUCGCAGCAAGACGAAUGCUGUGAAUCAACAGCAGCAGUCGCUGCAACAACAAGCCAAUCCGACUGUCAACAUGUUGCCACAAAAGGCAAAUGUGUUGUCGGUGCCGUUGCCGUUGCCGUUGCAACAGCAGCAACAUCAACAGCCGCCCGUUGCCUGCAUUAAAAAUGGACCACCUCCUCUAAUCUUUGCCAGCUCAACAAAUCUUCUGUCGACCAGCAAUGUCAGCAGCAGCAGCAGCAACUCCAACAGCAACAGCUGCAGCAAUAACAACAGCAUCAGCAACCACAGCAACAACAACAGCAGCAGCAGCAGCAGCAAUAGUAACAGCAACACGCAAGUCAACAAUAUUUUGACAAUGCCACCCUUGCAACCACAACAACAACUGCAGCAACAGCUUCAACAACAACAGCUUCAGCAACAGCAACAACUGCAACUGCCAUUGCAACAGGUGCUUCAACCAAUACCUCAAACUGUGGCAACAGCAGCACCAGCAUUGGCCAAUAUAAUUGCCCCAACGCUGCCCGUGUAUCUGCCAGCAAUGACAUUGCCACUGCCAAAGCCGGAGGAAUUGCUGCCGACACCAAAACCAAAAAUUGCACGCCUCUCCUUGUUCGUACGACAAUUGGAGGUCGAUCAGGAGAGUUGCUUGAAGCCGGACUAUGUGAAGCCAUUUCGUACCAAGGACGAAGCAGUUAAGCGGCUAAUCAGGUACCAUUGCAUGCAUGAAAAUGACUUGGAGCUGCCCUCCGACGAGGAUGAGGAGUUUGAGGCAACGGCGCUUGGCUUUCGAGACAAGUUUCGGCAAUUGAAUGGCAAAUUUCAGGAGAUUCUCCUACAGGAAUCAACGUUGCAGCAUCGCACGUCAGAGUUGCUACAAGUGCAGCAGCUGAUGAUCGAUGACCUGAAGGGCGAGAUCAGUGAUAUACGUACAGCGGAGAAGGAGCUGAUAGAAAAACAACAGCAACAGCAGCAGCAGCAACUUAAGGAGGAGCAGGACUGCAAUGAAGCGACUGAAACCGAGUCGGCGCUGGACACCAAAGUGAAGGAUGAAAUCAAAGUGGAACCAUUGGAAAGAGCGUCAGAAGCAACUCACGUAGCAGCUGCUGUUGUGGAUACAUUUGAUUUGCUUAAGAACAGUGCUGAUUUGAACAAGGCAUACAACAAACAACAGCAACAGCCGCAUCAGCAACAGCAGCAUCUACAACAACAAGCUUCACAGCAACAGCAGUUGGUCAAGCGAGAGGAGAAUGGCGACUGGUUAGGAAAUGCUGGUCAGUCUGAUGUUGGCAGCAAUAACAACGGCUCGUUGAAUGAUGCUGUUAAGAAGGAACAGCAAAACAGCUCCAAGGAUAACGUCGAGUAUAUCAAAAAGGACUACGACAACUUUGACAUCGAGUCGGAGCUAACGCCUAGUUUUAUCAUGAAAAAGGUCGAGCAGAAAAUGGAGCCAAAUGGAAGUGUGCAGCAGGUAAAGAACGCUGACAACUGUUAUACGGACAACGUAUUGCAGGAACAGCGGCCACAUCACCAACAACAGCAACAUCACCAGCAACAGCAGCAGCAACAACCUCAGACGCAACAACAACAGCAGCAACAUAUUAAGAACAAUUCUCUAGCCAACGAAGAUCACGAGGAUGGUUGGUUUUGCCUACAAAAGGAGCUCAAUCUGAUGAACAAUGAAGCCUUGCAGCCGCAGCAGCAACAUGCACCACUGCAACAGCACCAGCAACACUUGUCGCAACAACAUCUCUAUGAUAACAACAGUGCUGGAAGUCUGCUAAACAAUGGCAAUCAUCUGUCGGACCUGUUUCCCAAUGGCUGUAUCGACAAGAGCAAUCAGAGCAACAGCAAUAGCAGCAGCAACAGCAGCAGUAGCAGUUGUGCUGGCGAUGUUGGCGGCAACAGCAGCAAUGUUGGCAACAACAAUGUGCCCAUCGGCCAUUCAUCCUGUAGCCAGCAACGGCAACAGCCAUUGGCAAUGCAAGCGGAUCAAGCAAACCAUCAUCCAGCAAUCAACGAGUUCUUCAACAGUGAUUCGGAUGUGCAAAAGUCGGUGGAGACGCGACUGGAGGCCAUGUUCGGUGAGUCGCCAGUGCAUUUGGAUGUAAAGAACAGCAGCGAUGCGCACGAUAUUGAAUCCAAUCUGGAUGAGAUCUUUGGCGAUUCAAAGUCGCCCGCAGAGAAUCACAAAAGCAAAAUGAACAUUUGGGCGCCAGAUGCAGGAUUCGGCUCCAACUAUAACAGCGAGCAACAGCAGCAGCCGUAUGGCCAUCAGCAACAGCAACAACAACAGCAGCAGCAGCAGUCACAACAGCAGCAAUCGCAACAACAGCAGCAACAGCAACAUCACAUUGAGCUCAACUGCAACAACAAUCCUCGCUGGAUGCAGAGCAUGGAAGCCCAUUACAGCGACUACAUGUCCAGCAACACGAGCACCGUCGAUGGCCAAUCACAUAAUUUGUUGGUCAAUGGCGAGACACGCAAGCGACAUUGGAACGGUCAAUUGAUGGGCUCUAGCAGCGACAUGGAGGAUGAGAGCAGCAGCAAGCGUCUGUGUACAGCUUCCUCGACAUCGUCUUCGCCCUUGUCCUCCCAGCAGCAUGUUCAGGUGGCGCCCCAUGCAAUGUUGGACACAGAUAUGUUGGCCUUACACGAUGGCAUGGGCGUGGAUGGCGUGGUGGGCGUAACAGCGAAUGGUCCUGCCGGCUUUUCACAAUUGCUAAUGGAGCAACAGCAGCAGCAGCAGCAACAACAACAACAGCAGCAGCAGCAGCAACAACAACAUAACUUUGCCAAUCAUCAGGCGUUCGCCAAUAUGCUAGACCCACAGCAUCAGCAGCAGCAACAACAACAACAGCAGCAGCAGCAACAACAGCAGCAACAGCACUACCAACAUAGCAUACAACAGCAGCUGCAGCAACCGCAACAAGCACAGUUGCAUGUAAAUCAUAUGGGUGGCACAUCUGUGGUUACCGGAGAGUAUGAUGAUGACAUUAGCCGACAUGUGGCAAGUGCCAUUGACAGCAUACUCAAUCUGCAGAACAGCGCCGAUUCGCUGCAGUUCUCGCUGGGCUCAUUCCUUGGCGAUAGCAUCCUCGACGAUCAGCGGCAGGCAGCUAAUUUGCCCAGUUGCCAGCAGGAGCAGGCGAGCAACAGGCGUCGCCAGAUGGGCGAUGACAUUGGCGAUUGCCUGAUUAGUGGCGAAGCUGCGGCAGUUGUCAGUGCGGUGGCGGAAACCGGUGGCAACAUGCUGUUGGAUCAUCAUCACCAUCACCAUCAUCAACAGCAACAACAGCAGCAGCAAUUGCUGCAGAAUCACAUGGGUCAGCAGCAAUCACAUCUGCAGCAUCAUUCGCAACACCAUCACGGCUUGUCGCAGUCGCAGACACAGCAUCAUGGACAGCUGAAUGACUUUAGUUGCGUGGCAGCUGGCAUAGACGAUGCUGUCAAGUCAAUUAUGACCUCUUGACUUGGACUCCAAGCAGCAGCUGGUCAGGCAACAGCAACCGAGCUGCCGCCGGCGGCAACGGCAACUGUUGCCAACAGCCUGAUACUGGAGUUCAAUGCAACCACCUUGUGAAUUUCUGCCAAAGGCAACAUUGACACAUUCAUUGUAUAGUUAGUCCCCUAAGUUUUCUUUAGUUAUUGUGCCCUGGCGCUGAAACAUUGCUCAGCAACAGAUGCCAACAUUUGCACCCUGCUCUGUACAAUUUUUGUUCUUAAUUUAGUCUCUAAGUUUAAAAUGUAGCAUAAAUUGUUUAAGUUCUUGUUUUCGUUUUUAGUCCAAUGUGUUUGUACAAUAUUUAAAAAAGAAACUACUCGUAAAAGCAAAAACAUCCCUCGAUUAUUAUUUGUAUAAAUUGAUAGUCACACAAUCGAAGGACGAGAGCAUUAUUAAGGGACAGCAAUGGACCUUCAAAGUCAAUAGCAAAAGCAAUUAUAACGCGGAGAAUUGAAAACAAAACGACGAAUAGCAUCAAAUGCUUCUUAGAGAAGUACACUGAAUGAAUUCUAUUGUAAUACAAAUUAAAUAACUACAAUAAAUAAGUGAAAAAUGCCUAGACAAUUUAAUAAAAUCUAAAUCUUAGCUAUGUGAAUGUGAAAAAAGCAAAUAAAAUAAAACAAAUUGUUUUUCGGCCUACCGAAUAUUGAAUAGCCUUGCAGGGUUUAAUAUAUUAGUCCGAUUUAUGCGGUCUAUAAAGAAGAUAUAUAUCUGUCGAAAGAGACACAAUUCAAUCACUAUACAGUCUCAAUCUUAAAGCUUUAAAAUCGAUUGCGCCCUGCAAGAUCAUAAGGAAAUUAUAAAUCGGAACAGAAAUAAUGAUUGGUUGUAAUUAAUUGAGAAUUUAAAAAGUGAAACGUCAGUAAAUGCUGAUCCCGUGGAGAGCAUUCGGAAUAUGUAAUUAUAUUUACGCAUAACAAUUGUAACAAUGUUGCCAAUUUUGUUGAAAUGAAUACGGGGGGAGAAUUCAACCACAGCAAAUCGAUUUAUAUUAAAAUAUAUAUAUUAAAUUAUUUAUUAAUAAGCAAUUGUAAAUACAAAUACAUUCUUAUAUACAUGUUUAUGUAUGUAUUGCAUGCGCCAGUUUCAACAACCGCAGAUUUUAAAACAAUUGGAUUUGCUCUUAGUGUAAAAAUGUGUAAGAAAAAGCUUGCGAAAAUACGUAAAAUAAAUUAAUGUAAUAAUAAAACAAAAAAAUAAUUUGAUAAAUUGAAGCUAAGCAAUUUAAACUAUUAUUUAUAAAACGCUUAACGUCUGUCUGCUUCUGAGCUAACACGCACACACAUACAUACAUAUAGACAUAUAUAUGCAUUAAUAAUUCGAAUAAUUAACGUGCUCAAUUUGAAUUAGAAAGCUAUUAACCAAGUCUGUCCACUUGGCUUCGACUACGGGUCAAAUCAGUAAAUGUCUUGGAAGAUUUAAGAAAGGACAAACGACGAAGCAAACCAAAUGCAGUUCAAAAAAUAAAAUCACAAUUUUAGCAAAUUUAGUUUAAACAUUUAUUAAUUAUUAUAUAAAUAAAUAUAUACAUAUGUAUGUAUGUAUACAUAUUGUACAUGUAAUAACACAACAAACAAAAAAUGAAAACGAAUCGUAUCAUUGUAUCUUGAUCUUGAUCUUGCCACAAAUCUGAUUUGUGAUUUGUGCCACGUUUUAAAUAUCGAUGUCUGAUUAGCUUGUAAUACAAUUGAAAACCAAUAAAUCCAUAGUAAGCAACAACUACGAACUUAAUCCAAAUAUUGUAAAUGUUAGGAAGCCGCGCAUAAGAUUCACUCAUUUCACAUAAACAAAAUGUGCGACUUAAAUAGUUAUAUAUACAUUUAUACAUAUAUACAUACUUAGUCGUCCGUCACGUAUUAAUGCAUACCAAUUACAAUAAAUACUACUACUAAUACUACUUAAAAUACCACCACAACAACAAGAACAACAACAAAAACUACUAAAACAUAUACAUUCUUAAAUGAAAUGUAUGAAAAAUGUGCGACUAAAAUAGAAACGUAUUCGAACUACAUUAUAUGUAGUUGAUAAGUAAAUUUCAGAAGGAAUUAAAUUGUACGUAUUAUAUAUAACUAUAUCGAGUUUAAUUGGUUUAGCCCCCCUGACAUCCCUUCCCAUAUCCCCUUUCCGUCUGUAUGAUUUCUUACAGAGGUGCACACGCAACACUUUCUAGUUGUUAUACAAAGACAAAUAAUAAAACACAAGAUUGUAAAGAUUUAUAUGUAAUAGCAUAAAUUAAGUUAGUCAAGGUGAAUUGCAUUCGAUAAUAAUAUAGCUGCCGAUACAACAAAUAAAACACAUGAAAAGAUAAACAGAA